AUGUCGAGAAGAUGGCCGGCCCCACCGAGGGAGGAGAAGCUACUGUCGAAGAGGGGGCAGCAGGGAGAGUCUGCGAAGAGGACUCUUUCAUCCACUGCUCAAACCACCAUUGAGAUCGACUCUCUCUACGAGGGCAUUGAUUUCUAUGCCCCUAUCACACGUGAUAGGUUUGAAGAACUCAACAUGGAUUUGUUCAGGAAGUGUAUGGAGCCUGUUGAGAAGUGCCUGAGGGAUGCUAAGAUGGAUAAGAGCUCCGUGCUUGAUCUUGUCCUUGUCGGAGGAUCCACUAGAAUUCCCAAGGUUCAGCAAUUGUUGCAGGACUUCUUCAAUGGCAAGGAGCUUUGCAAGAGCAUCAACCCUGAUGAGGCAGUUGCCUAUGGUGCUGCUGUCCAAGCUGCUAUUCUGAGUGGUGAGGGUAACGAGAAGGUCCAAGACCUAUUGCUUCUUGACGUCACUCCCCUCUCUCUUGGCUUUUUUUCCCGCUGUAGUUCCUUGGGAUCAAAACAGUCAAGACACCUCCAGCGGUUUCCAAGCCAAGAGAAGAUGAUGACUUCUUGA